AUGGCAUCCUCACAACCCGUAAAGCCACCACUGGCAGGCCAGCCCGCACAAGCCCAGCGAGGCUCCCAAGCCGGCCUGAAAUACCCAUCCAGCGGCAAGACGAUAUACAACCGCCCCCUGAACCGCAGCCGGACGCAGGAGCUCAGCCAGGCAAGCUUUGCCUACCUGUUUGGUGAGAUGGUCAGCUAUGCGCAGAAGCGGGUAACGGGCAUUCAGGAUCUGGAGAAGCGAUUGAAUGUCCAAGGCCAUCCUAUCGGCCUCAAACUCCUUGAUCUCCUCCUCUACCGCGAGCCCACGCGCUCGCAAACGCGGCCCCUCAACAUCAUCGCCCUGCUACAAUUCAUCACCACGGCCCUCUGGCGCCACCUCUUCUCGCGGCCUGCAGAUGCGCUGGAGAAAUCUUCGAACCCAGAGACACCGGACGAGUAUAUGAUCUCGGAUAACGAGCCCCUGGUUAAUCAGUACAUCAGCGUGCCCAAGGAGAUGAACCAGCUGAAUUGUGCGGCCUUUGUUGCGGGUAUUGUGGAGGGUGUUUGUGAUGGGGCGGGUUUUCCGGCAAGGGUUACGGCCCAUAGUGUGGGGAAGGGAGAGGAGGGAGAACUGUGGCCGGGGAAGACGGUUUUCUUGGUAAAGUUCCAGCCGGAGGUUGUGGAGAGGGAGGCUUAUUUGGGGAAGAGUUGA